UCGACCAUGUCCCAUAAAAAUCCUCGAACAGGAAAAUCACAGUCGUUAACAAUCGUAAUAAAACUUGGAACUUCAUCAAUAUGUGAUGAAGAAACGAAUUUGCCUUUAUUAUCAAAUCUUUCACUAAUGGUUGAAACUAUUGUAAAGCUUAAGUUUUUAGGCCAUAAAGUGGUUUUGGUUUCAAGUGGAGCUAUUGGAGUUGGUUUAAGAAGAUUGGAUUUGGAUAAAAAGCCCAAAAAACUUUCUGCAAUCCAGGCUGUCGCCGCGGUUGGUCAGGGAAGGUUAAUGAGAAUGUUUGAUGAUCUUUUUAGUCAACUUAAUCAACCGAUUGCACAAAUACUUUUGACUCGUCAUGAUCUUUCUAAUCGAACUCGAUAUAUUAAUGCUGUCAAUACUUUUACUGAAUUGCUAGCAAUGGGAGUUGUUCCAAUUGUCAAUGAAAAUGAUACAGUUUCUGUUAGCGAAAUUAAAUUUGGAGAUAAUGAUACUCUAUCCGCCAUAACAGCUGGUAUGGUAAAUGCAGAUUAUUUGUUUUUGAUGACAGAUGUCGAUUGUUUGUAUACGGACAAUCCUAGAGAAAAUCCUGACGCAAAGCCUAUCAAAGUGGUUGAAGAUGUGGGAGAUUUGAAAGAACGAGUUGUGGUUUCGACACCUGGAAGUUCAUUGGGAACUGGAGGGAUGGUAACAAAACUUGCAGCGGCAGAUCUUGCAACUGCUGCUGGAGUUACAACAAUUAUAAGUCGUGGCUCAGCACCAAAAAAUAUAAUUUCAAUUGUAACAAGUUUAUCAAACGUAAAUCCAAAUUCUUCCGUUUCAUCAUCAAUCCCUAUUCAUACACGAUUUAUAGCCAAAGACAAUCCAAUGAUGGAUAAAAAAUGGUGGGUGUUACAUGGAUUACAUACAGCUGGCACUAUAUUUAUUGAUGAAGGUGCCGUAAAAGCAGUGAGACAUAAAAGUAAUUUAUUUGCGGCCGGUAUCGUGAAAUGUGAAGGGAGUUUUGUGUCUAAUCAAGCUGUUAAAUUAGUAUUUGAAAAGCACCAUGUUAAUGAGAAUGGAAAAGAAAUUGUUGAAUUAAUUACAGUUGGGAAAGGUUUGGUGAAUUAUUCCUCAUCAGAAAUUUCUCUAAUUAAGGGAUGUAAAAGUGGCGAAAUUGGAGAAAAAUUGGGUUAUGCAGAUUGUGAUUUCGUUAUUCAUAGAGAUAAUUUAGCUGUUACAUUGAAAGAUCCUGAAGAAAAUGAGAACAAUUAAAAAAGUUUAAUAUAAGGCAAAAUUUUGUCAAAUAAUUUAAUGUUUUUAACAUUCCUCGUAUAACGUGUGAAUUUUUUUUAUUAAACUUUAUUUUCCGUAACUAUGAUUUCUCUUUCUCGUGUUAAUUAUACAGUGG